AGGUAUAGUUAUCCAAGUAUGGAUCACUCCUCUUGGCAAUCCUCGUAUUUCCAUGCCAUUGUUUGCCGCCGUCCGUGUUGGCCGUGACAUUCAAUUCUUCCGGAUAUACUUCAAUCAUGUGCUGCAUGUGAGUGAUUGUACUAAUAAUUGGCGCGUCCAUAGAAGGAGCGACGUUUCCAUCAGAUGCAGCGUGACGUGUUGCACAGCGCCGUAUACCCUCAUCUCCAGAAGAGGCAUCGAAGGGUUUACCAGUUUUGUAGCUGACCGAGUUGAUCCUGUUUUUUUGCACCCGAGUGAAGUCCUUUUGGGUCAUAGACUCCUGAUAGGGUUCAAGCGCAGACCUCAUUUGACUACUACAAAGAUAUCCUAAAUCCUUAUUACACCAGAUGAUUAUGUAGUCGUCCUAGUUGUGCUUUCCGCGCUACAAUGUUCCUUUUAGCCCGCCCGAGUUUUUUCAUAGUGCUUGUAGUCACCGUCAGUGCUGCUGAGAGUCAGACAUGGGUCAGUCUGCCGAUGAAUGUUCCGCAAAAUCUAUCGGACUUGGUCUUCGAUAGUCCUACCGUCCCAACACUUUUCGGAACCCCCCCACAAGUAAUCAAUUCAAGCCUUGAUUUGAAUACGGCCAAGCUAGCUGUGUACUCAUCCGACUGCGUUCUAUGCGCCGGCAACACGUCUUUCGAUGUUUCCAUGUCAUCAACUGCGAAGUCUCUCAAUUAUUCCUGGGCCUAUUCAACGCUGGCUUACAGCGGUAAUGUGUAUAGCGACACUUUUGGAUUUGGUGGCCUUCUUCAAGUGGCCAAUAUUCCGUUCGGCUUGAUUGAGACUGGCGGUGAUCCUGGUCUUGCAUAUAUGUUGUACAAUGGCCGCCUGGGCCUUUUCCCGGACCCUCUCAAUGCUACUGCAGCGUCACAACAUUUUCUCUUACAAAUGUACCAGUCAGGCCAAUUGCUCAAUCCAGUCGUGGGGAUGCGCUUUGACCCAAUGAAUCCCAAAAUCACUAUCGGUGCUCUGGAUCCCAACGAUUAUCAAGGCCAAAUUAAUUGGGUGCCAUUGACGACUCCCAAUGCUACAUGGACAUUCCAGAACACAUUUAUGAUUGACGGCUUGAAGGGGUACAAUGGAUCUUUCCUCCCUCAGAGCGAGAACUUACUUGCGGCCCUUGAUUCAUUGUGGACUGGAAUAUCGAUGCCAAAUGUCGAUACAUACGUGAAAAAUCAAGGCUUUGCAGGAAAUGUGCAUUAUUCCCUCAACUACAAGACCGGUGUUGCAUCGUACGUGUGCAAUUCAACUGUCCCGCCCUACGUAGCUCUCACGGCUACCAUCAACGGUGUUGAUUACCCAAUGGACUCUCUUAAUAACUUGUUACGGCCCCUGGCAACGAAUAUAGCUCCUGCAGGCUGUUGUCCGAUAGCCCCAAUGAACAGAUCGACUACCUUACCAAACCUAAAUUUCGGAUUGCCCUUCCUUCGUAGCAUCUACCUCGCGUACCGAUUCCCAACGGACGGCUGCCCCGGGUUCUACGGUUUUGCCUUUCCUUCCGGUCCUGUGAACCGCACCGCUGCACAACUGUCGCAAACACCGACAUCUACGCCUACGAACAGCGCACAGUGCCUCGCACUGAUCCCCCCAACCUCAACGCCAACACCGUCCUUUAAGACUGCUCAGCAAAUGCUUUUUUCGACCAAGAAGUACAACGUAUAUGACAGUCCACAGAAUAUGUCGGUGUCUCUGCUGGGGGUUGAGAACUUCCCGGCAAUAGUGUGGAACUCGAGCUCGAGUAACUCGAACUGACACGGCUCGUAUGAAUUAAAAGCACUGCGUCAUUUUCUCGUCAUUUUCUUCUUCAUAACACCGCUGUGGGUAGGACAUGCAGGAUUGUGGAGUAUUCCUAGGCAUAUAUUGUGGUAUCAAUGUAAUUGAAUGAGAAAUCCUUGGACCGUUCGAGGCUUUCUAGAAACUGAAUGCUUUUGGGGUCGAAUUUCAUUUUCGGAUCGAAGGGUUCGAACUUCUUGCAAGCACUAAACUCCGAGUAACGCCGAGGGCACAUGAAUCAAUUGCAAGCUCUCACUUGUAGGAGCAAGUCGACAAAGUGUCAUCGCAAUGAAAAGUUUACGGACGCUUCCAUACUACCAAGACAUUAUGUAUCAUUAGGUACCAUCCACAACAUAGAUGAUGAAUCGGAU